UAAAGCUUCCGUUAACUCUAAACAAAUUCUUGGAACAAACAGUUAUGGAUUCCGAGACCUUCUUCAGCCGUUGGAAGAAUCUAAACAAUCCCUCACAAGAGGCUCAGAAGAUAUUCAAAGCCAAACACGGAAUGGACGGCGAAGUGACCAAAACUAAGUUAUUAGGCUUUGGCUUUGGGUUACUGGAAAACGUGGACCCAAACCCCGAGAACUUUGUUUGCGCCGGUAUUGUACACAGUAAGGCUGUUCAAGUGGGAGUGCUACUCAGACUGGAGCCUAACAUGCAGGCACAGAUGUAUCGCCUGACGAUUAGGUCGAGUAAAGACACGGUUUCCCAACGUAUUUGUGAACUUCUUUUUGAACAGUUUUAAUAUAUUUUACAAUAAUAUUCAUU